AUGUUCGCCAAUCAUGAGUAUUCUGGUUACGAGUACAUAGAACUGUAUGUUACUCUACCAGAAGUUCAACCCACACAAUUGGUUGAGUCACAAGUCAUUGAUUCACUUGUCGACGAGCAAGCAGAGGUCGACGUCGUAGAUGAAGAAGAAGAAGCACCGAAAAUAGAAGUUGAUCACUUGGUCAACGAGGAAAGCGAAGACGAACCGGACGUUGUUGUGCCACCAGAUCAAGUGCAUAUGCCUCCAGCGCACAUGAGGAACGUGAACUUCGAUGGGGAUGAACCAUCGUCUGAUAUUUUCUAUGAUCCAUACACUCAAACAGAUGCACGGUUAAAAGAAGGAGACAGAUUUCGUUCAAAUGAGGAAUGUAUCACGGCCAUAAAAAGAUUUCAUAUGGCAAACAAUGUUGAUUUUAAAGUUGAUCGCACCAACGUUGAGAGGUAUAAAAUUAAGUGUAGAAACCCUGACUGUGGAUUCAAGUUGGGUGCCUCAUACAUGAAGAGAAGUGAUUCAUGGGUGAUAGGAGCUAUUUCCCAAGAUCACACGUGUGUUAACACAAAUGUUUCCCAAGAUCACCGUAAGCUAAGUUAUGAUAUUAUAUGUCAAGAAGUCUUGCCCCUAGUAGACAAAGAUCCUUCAGUAAAGGUGAAAACGAUAGUCUCUCAUAUCGUUGCAACUUACAAUUACACUCCGUCUUAUAAAAAGGCUUGGCUGGCGAAAACUAAAGCAAUCGAACUUGUGUAUGGAAAUUGGGAGGAUUCGUACAAACAACUCCCACGUUUCUUAUCCGCGCUUCAAAUUUAUGCUCCUAGAACCGUUACUAUUUAA